UUAUCGUGACGAUGUCUACAGACACCAAUGAGCAGUGUGGGGCGGGUUGUUUCAGACCCUCCUUCCUACAGCGGUGCGCGAGAGUCGGGGUUUUUGUGGCUCUCUAUAGCCCGGCCUCACUCUGUACCUCUGCCAUUUCCGUGUACAUGUCCUCCCAAAUCACCACUCUGGAAAAACAGUUUGGCUUCACUAGCACUCAGAGCGGAUUCCUCAUGAGCUGUAACGACAUUGGUUUUCUACUUACAACGAUCUUCGUCGCCCAUCUUGCAAGAAAUGUCCACAUUCCCAGAUCCCUUUUCUUUUCCACAUUUUUGUUCGGAAUUUCCGGGAUCUUCUGCUCUCUGGCAUACUUCCUCGCACCUGACAAUCAGGAAGAACAAAAUCUUGGUUCUUCCAAUUCUUCCUCGGAAAAAUCUAAUUUGUUUCAAAAUUUCCACCAUCAGCUUUGCUCACAGUCGAACAAUACUCCCGCAGAAAGCUGUGAUCCCAAAAUGGUUAAGAUUGGUGCACCAACAGAAUUUACCACAGUGGCUAUCGUUAUUAUUGCCGCAGGGAUGAUGGUACAGGGGUUUGGGAAAGCCCCCAGACAGCCCUACAUUAUUACUUACAUAGACGACAAUGUACCCAAACGGAAGACCGCCUGCUAUAUAGGUAUAAUCAUGGCGGUGGGAAUUUUUGGGCCUGGGCUGGGCUUUGGUCUCGGGGCUCUUUUUAGUCAAAUGCAUGUCACACUGCAAGAGGUUAGGAUCAGUGUACGGGAUCCCCGAUGGAUUGGGGCAUGGUGGCUGGGGUUCAUUGUGUUUGGGGCGCUAGCUGUUAUCGUGUCCAUUCCCCUAAUGUGUUUCCCGAAAAGGAUGCCGGGAAGAAAACAGAGGGCGUUAUCAAAGAAAGCGGAAGCUGAGUCGUCCCCAAAAAGUGGAUUUAGGGAGGGCGCAAAGGACCUGAUAAGGAAGAUAAUCCGGAUCCUGUCUAACGCCCGAUUUACGCUGAAUCUGUUGGGGACGUGCCUGGUUCUAUUUCUUGUCGGGGGUUUCCUUGCCUUUACACCGAAAUACUUGGAGACUCAGUUUUUUGUUCCAGCAUACUACGCCAAUGCUUUACUAGGUGUGACGAUACUUGUGUCCACGAGUUGUGGGACAUUAGUUGGGGGUUUUCUGACCACAUAUAAGAAGCUCCACCCCUACACGUGCAUCAAACUGGUGGGCGCCAUUAAUCUGUUCUCCAUCAUCGUUCACGGACUGGGAUUCGUUCUGGGAUGUCAGAACCCUGCCAUUGUUGGGCUUGACAAUGCAGUGAGCAAUUCCACUUGCUUGAAUGCCUGUAACUGUGACAGUAAGGAAUACCUUCCAGUCUGUGGUUCGGAUAAUAGGAAUUACCUGACGCCCUGUCAUGCUGGAUGCGGACAGAAUAUUCAAGGACCUGAGGGCUUUAUCUACACAAACUGCACAUGUAUCGAGGGAGGAGGAACGGCCACCCCCGGGUUGUGUAAGACCGACUGUGAAAUGUUUUGGCCUUUCUUGAUUGUCAACACCGUCUCCUCAUUAAUCGUCUCUGUCUGCAUCGUUCCCGGUAUUAUGUUCAGUGUCAGGUGUGUGUCAGAUGAGGAUAAAUCGGUCGCUAUUGGAGUAUCCUCCCUCUUUCAGACAACUUUUGGAUGGAUGAUAGGACCAGUUAUAACCGGUAAAAUCAUCGACACCUGUUGCAAACUCUGGAGCUCAAGUUGUUAUGGAAAGGGCGCAUGCGCAUUAUACGACAUAGAAGACUUCCGCUUUAAAAAGUACACUGUUGAAAUUAUCGCUAAAUGUAUUGUGGUUAUGUUUUAUGGGGUUGUUAUAUGGAUUUCUAGAAACAGAACAGACUGGAGUACGGAGGAUGAAGAGAAAAAUGACGUUCCAGAAAAAGAAGAACUGAUGAACGGAAGUGAGAAAACUAAAGUGAAAUUCGAAAUUAGUGAUCCGAUCGUGAAAAACAGAAAAUCAUAAGUCUUAGAAUACAUGUAGUUUACCCUCAUCCAGCUCAUCAUUUUAGACUUCAUUUUUCAAAAAGUUAUAUGUAUUACCAAAUGUAUACAUCUGGCGGAAUUAUGCUAAGUUUACCAAAGAGACUUUGUUAUCAAGAGAUUACGGAACUAGUAGGGAAGUAGAAAAUGGAAUAUAAGUUAGAGAUAAAUGGAAUGUAAGUUAGAGAUAAAUGUUACAUUAACGAUUAUACAGAUACAUGUAGAACCAAGUUCCUAGGAGCUAUUUUCGAUUAAAUAUAAGUAUUAAGUAUAUUUUUUGAAGAAAUAAAUACUACUGUAUUUACAGUACUUAAUAAUCUACAUCAGGGAAGGAGGUUUCUUACCUGUUGAAGGAUAUAUUUCUGGUCUUUUUUUUAAUUCUCUAAGUGCAUCGCAUAAUUUUGACCUGACAAAAAAAAAUCAUUAGGAAGAAGGGAGGGUACAGCCUCAUAAAAAUUCCUAGACAAGCAGAAAAUGGUCCAAGACGUUAUUAUUGAGGAGUAACAGUCGUAAAUUUUCCCUUUUGUUCGAUGUAGGAUAUGUAAUUACAAACUGAAAAUAAGAUUUAUUUUCUGCUUUUAAUUGUGCUGGCAAAAUUAUUGGGAGGGGGAGGCGGUUCCAACGUACGUGCCCCUAGAUAUUAAUGAUAAUAGGGUUCAAAGUGUGAAACUCGGAGAAACUUUAUGUGUAAGAGUAAAACAUGUUCGUCAAUAGUCAUGACAAAAUUUUAUGUAUAUUUUGUUAUGCUAUACAUAUAGCUACUUUUAUGCAUGAUACUAAAUCGGGUGUACAUACUGUCUUGUAUUUUUAUACUUGAAUGAAAUGAUUUCACAAAAUUAUAUAAAGAAUUAUUUUAUAAAGUAUUUUUAUACCAAAGAUUAUUUUUAUU